AUGCUCCGAUCAAGCUUCUUGUAUGGUGUAAAUUUCAAUACAUAUAUAUGUGAUUGUUUGCUGGCUCGUAGAUCGAUCGGUAGUCCUGUCGUAGACUGGCAAGCCAAGAUGGGUGACGACGGCAAGUCUGUAACGGUUAAAACGCCUCGGGUUUCGAUCGCCGAAGGCUCUGCCUAUGAGAUGGGCAAUAUAGCAUCGAAUAUUCGCUAUGUGCAGUCAAAGACAGGCGCUGGCGAAGUCAAUUACAUCAAUUCUGCAACAUCGGUCAAUGAUAAUCAGCUGUUGGCUGAGAUUGGUUAUAAACAAGAGCUGAAGCGUCAGUUUUCGACACUGCAAGUGUUCGGUGUUGCGUUUUCGAUUAUGGGGCUGCUGCCCUCGAUAGCGUCUGUUAUGGGAGGUGGUCUCGCCGGGGGACCUGCCACGCUGGUUUGGGGUUGGUUCGUUGCGGCUCUUUUCAUUCUUAUGGUGGCGAUCACGAUGGCUGAGAACGCCAGCGCCAUUCCAACGGCUGGCGGAUUGUACUACUGGACAUAUUACUAUGCACCCAAAGGCUACAAGGAAGUCAUCUCAUUCGUGAUUGGGUGUUCCAACUCUUUGGCCCUCGCGGCUGGCGUUUGCUCCAUCUCGUACGGGUUUGCCCUGGAGGUACUUGCCGCAGUGGUUAUUUCUAGAGAUGGGGACUUUGAAGUCACCAACGGCAAGGCUUACGGGAUUUUUGCGGCCGCAGUUGUUGCCAUGUGUUUACUGACCUGUAUGGCGUCUUCCGUGGUGGCACGUCUUCAAAUUGUGAGCAUUGUAUCAAACGUUUUCAUCAUGAUCCUGCUGUUUAUAGCGUUACCUAUUGGUACAAAGAUCAACCGAGGUGGAUUCAACGAUGGUAACUUCAUUUUUGGUAACUAUCACAAUUUCAGCGAUUGGAACAACGGCUGGCAGUUCUGCUUGGCAGGGUUUAUGCCGGCUGUCUGGACGAUCGGUUCAUUUGACUCCUGCGUACAUCAAUCGGAAGAAGCGAAGGAUGCCAAGAAAUCAGUUCCGAUUGGUAUUAUUGCGUCAGUUCUAGUCUGCUGGAUUCUGGGUUGGCUGCUUAUCAUUUGCAUUAUGGCUUGCAUGAAUCCAGACGUUGAGACGGUGUUAGGCACCGAUUUUGAGAUUGUCCUUGCGCAAAUUAUCUUCGAUUCGUUAGGAAAGAAGUGGGCCGUUGCGUUUAUGGCAUUGAUUGCAUUUUGUCAAUUCUUGAUGGGAGCCUCUAUUGUUACUGCCAUCUCAAGGCAGGUUUGGGCAUUUGCUCGUGAUGAUGGUUUGCCCUUUUCAAAGUACAUUAAGAUUGUCAACAAAAGGUAUUCAGUUCCAUUCGUAGCCAUUAUUGCCGCUUGUGCUGCUUCAUUGGCUUUGGGUCUACUCUGCUUGGAUGGUCCUGCAGCAGCAGCAUUGUUUAGUUUAGCUGUUGCAGGUAAUAAUUUGGCCUGGUCAACACCCACCUUUCUCAGAUUGACGUUUGGUAGGGACUUAUUUAGACCAGGACCUUUUUACUUGGGUAGCUUCUGGUCACCCAUUGUCGCUUGGUUCGGUGUGAUAUAUCAAGCUUUCAUCAUCAUUCUGGUCAUGUUCCCAUCUCAACAACAUGGUUUAACAGACAAAACCAUGAAUUAUGCUUGUGUCAUCGGCCCAGGUAUCUGGAUUCUGUCCUGGAUUUAUUAUGUCACUUACAGAAGGAAGUAUUUCCAUGGUCCGAAAUCCAAUAUUUCAGAUGAAGACUAUAAUGACGCUGUAGGUGAGGAUCUGAUCGAGGAGAUAUUGUCACGAAAGGAUGUGUGA